AUGGUUGUUUUGUGGCCGAAUGGUAUUAAACACAAUAAUGUACUUUUACUUUUAACGGACGCCGCGCCGUAUAUUAUGUGUAAGGCGGGAAAAGUGUUGGACACAUUUUAUCCAAGAAUAAUACAUUUAACUUGUCUAGUACAUGGUUUUCAUCGUAAAGCUGAAACAUUUAGAUUUCAAUUUUCAGAAGUUGAUUCGUUAAUUUCCAACGUAAAAAAAAUAUUUUUAAAAGCGCCAAGUCGUAUACAAACAUUUAAAGAUAUGUACCCGGAUUUAACUCUACCUCCCGAGCCUAUUAUAACUCGAUGGUGUUUUAAUACUGUAAUGUCAAUAAGAGACAUACUAUUAAACAAAACUCCAAAUAACAAAUAUUCAGAAAUUGAAUACACUCCAAAAGAAAUAAUGUGUAUGAAAUAUGCACCUGUCACGUCCGUUGAUGUGGAGAGGUCAUUCAGCCGUUACAAAGCAAUGUUAAGACCGAACCGCCGCCACUACACAUUUGAAAAUUUCAAGCUAUAUGUUGUUUCUAACUGUUUCCCACAUGAAGACUAUGAUGAAUCAGAAUAG